CUCAAUCCUCCUCAUGGCUAGACGAUCACGUUCAAACAUGGUUUCCUGAUUUUUCAUUUGUUUAAAAGAAAAUUUUGAGUUUUCCCAGUUCUGCAUGUAGUGUCAGCAAGUAAUAUUAUUUUAUGCAAGAAGAGAGGCAGGUGUUGGAACCCUAGCUUUGACUUGGGUUUCAAAAACUCUAUAAAACCCACUUUAUGUUUCUUCAGUUUUCCUCUCUUUUUUAGCAGUUAAUGAAAUACGGGAACACACAACCAAGAAAAGAGAGAAAUCUUUAAAAAGAUGGUGUGCAUAAGGUUUAUAAGUUUAGUACUUGGGCUUCUCUUCCUUUUGAAUGCCCUUAGAUACUACUCUUGUGCGCAUGCUCAUCAGCAAGACUGGGAAAAGGAUAAAGAUAAGCUUGUGGUGCCUGAAGAUAUUGCGUCUGCUGAUAAGGAACUUGUUGAUGGUUUCACCACUACCAGCACAAGGAAGCUUGGACUUGGAGGAAGGAAAGUGGUAACUCAUGAAGUUCUGAUGAGGAGAAAUUUUGAGAAAGAGCUAAGUACUUCAAAUGGAGGAGCUUCAGAAGAUAUUUCAGGAGAGCAGAGUCAUGCUGUGGUGAAGUCUCUUCAAGUAUCUGAAGACCAAUUUUUGAAUUUUAAUCAUCAGAAUAUGAAUAGUUUGAAGCCAAAGGCACAAAAUUCAGGGAGUUGGGGAAGUCCAAGGAGUGAGCCUGAGCCUGAGCCUGAGCCUGAGCCAGUCCAUUUCCCAAACACCAAACCUAGGCACUCUCAUCAAGAUUCCAAGAAAUUGCCAACCAAAGCCUUGGAAAGUCUUUCGAGAUCUGAGAAUAAGCUAUUCUCUCAUCAACCUCAAGCUCAAGCAACAGUUCCAAAACCUAAAGGUGAAACGCAAAGGCUUCUUGAGGCAACUAAAGAUAUAGUGAACCUGAUGAACAAAGAUUAUAAGGGAAUGGAUAGGCCUCGCCGCAAGCCACCAAUCAACAAUCAUGUGCCUACUCACUGAGAGUAGUAGUGUAACUUAACCCUAGGUAGCUAGCUUGAAGGGUUUUUGGCUCACAAUUUUGCCCCACCCUAUACAGGAAGUGAAGUCCCUUAACCCACCCACCCACCCACCCACGUAGGAUAUACAACUACUUUGGCAGUAGUUUUUGCAUUAAUGGGCAUGCAUAGGAAAAGGAAAUGUUUUUUUUUUUUUUUCUUCUAAUCUGACAUGUAGAAACAUGUAAGUUCUGUAAAUUAAGUGUACUUCAUAAGCCGUUUAAUUAAUUUCUUAUGUGAUCCUAAA